AUGGACGAUGGCAGUCUUGGAGAGGAGGCGCCUGCUUCGCGCCCCGGCCAGCUCUUCGACCAUCACCAUCACCACCAUAACCCCCAGCAUCACCAGCAGCUUUUCGAAUACCAACAACAGCACCACACCCAGCACCACCACUCCCACGACCCCUACGACCCUUAUGAACACCACUUCCACCCCGGCGCCGAUCUCGACCGAGACCUAGACCCCCGACCCGGCGGCCAAAUACCCCCCCUCGCCUCGCAUGCCGCAGCCUCGAACCUCCAGGCGUUUGCUGCCAAUUCCUCUCUGGACGACUCGCUAGAUCCCGACGACUUUUACCGUAGCUACCAAGGUGCGCAGCAGCCCAGGAAUGAGUCCCCGCAAACCGUAGAUCUCAUGGCCCAGGCCUCGUCCAGCUCUCGACAGACGCCCUCUACGCGCUCCAACGGCAACGGAACGGCAUCAAGGCCAUCGGGGCUCCCCACGAACCGCGAUGCUCUUCGACCGAGUCAGCGUGCCGUGUCGAACCCCGUCGACGACCGUUCGUCCAAAGCAGCCAACAGUUUUCCCACGAGUGUGAAAGAGAUGAAAAAGAAGUUUGACCAGACCGCCACACAGCCCGGGGCAGCGGCUCGAAAGCCACUGCCCAGGUCAUCCAGCAGCACCAAUGGAAGGGCCACUGGCACGGGGAGCAAUUCGUCAACAUAUGGUUCCAGCAGAGGGACAUCUAGUGUUCGGGGAACAUCUGUCACUCGGGGAACACAACGACCGACCGAUGAUCAGCAGUCAUUUGCAAGCAGGAUCAGUCGACCUCGUACGGCAACGUCGUCACAUCCACAGCCAUCCAAGCAAAACAACCAUGCCUCACCGAGGAUUCCUGCAGUGCCCAAAGGACCGGAACCAGGCCUCUCCCGCCAGCCCGGCCUCUUGUUUGGCGAGAUACUGCCUGAACACAACGACUCGACCACAGUCGGCUUUGGGAUCGAAAAUGCCCGGCCACGGAGGACGUCCGAGUCUAGUAUUCAUCAUUCAAGGUUACAGAUGCGCAGUUUAUCAGAUCCAGACAUCGAGCCUCCGUCACCCACCGACUGGUACCGCGGCGCCGCGCCAAGCGACCAGCAGGCCUCCGAUCAUCCAAGCGUCAACACGAGUAUCCCCAAAAACCAUAACCGAGCUCAGAGCGACUUUGCUGGAUCCAAGUUGGGAAUGAGGCGUCAGUUUCCCAAUGAAUCCGCUGUGGCCUCACCGAUAUCACCGACCUCGCCGAUCUCCCCAACCUCCCGUCUCCCUAUCAUGGUGAAGAAGAUCAGUAACCAGAGUGACAGUCCCGCCUCAACUCGUUCGAACUCCCCUUCGCUCAAGUACGCAGCUGCCAGCGGGAGAACAUCUCGGCAGCAUGUACCAUCCAGCCGGUCGAGGACGCCGACGACCAGUGCGACGGUUUCAACACCUCAGAUCAAAACACCAACAGCUCGCAAGGGCCCACCCUCGAGCAUAACCACGACAGGCAGCCGGCUGAAUGCCCAUGUUGCUGUCACUCCUCCGAAAUUGUCACCCAGUCUUCGUAGCUCGCGGCCACGGCAAUCUGUGGCGACGGCCACCACAGCAGCAUCCAGAAUGCGAGCCGUAGAACGGGAACGAGGUUCGUCACCCCAGAGACAACCUUUGAGGCCCACUCCAAAAGCAGAAGGAUCUGGCACACGGAGGCGCAAACUCUCUGUCGGGCCCAUUGACUUUGCACAGCGCCGUGAGACUAUCAAACUUGCCUACAGCAAGUCCAUCAGAGACAGCCAGGCCAAGGAAGCGAGACAGGCUGCUGCUGACAAGAGGAAAAGGGAGCUGGAGGUGGUGGCCAAGAUCAAAUUGGAAGCAGAAGCGGCCACGAUGGCUGCCGUCGCCAAUGCCAAUGCCGCCGCUGCCGCUGCCGCCAUAAGGCCGGCCCGAUCGACUGACAACUUGAGGUUUGUGGAGAUUGGUAUCGAGAAAGAGGCACCAUCGUCGCAUUUGCAACCGCCGGUUGGAGACUCCCCAGCGCCACCAGUGCCUGCAACACCAGCUCCACCGGUCCCGUUGGAACCCCUGAGGUUGGAAAUACCAGGCAGUUUCCCCAAUGUUGGGUCAUCUCAUCUGGAACCAGAGGAAGAACCCAUGUCUGCUUGCUCAGCUAGCACUGCAACGACCGAGUUCGAAAUUGAUGACCAGCCUGAGCCAGAAAGGCCAGAAAACACAGCUGCCAUAGAUGAAGCUUUGGGCAUGACAAUGCCUGGCCUCACGCAAGUCACCUUUGUGCCAGACAGCUUUCAACAUGAAACCUCUAGCCCGCCGGCCGAGCAGGCCGUGGUUCCAGUAUUACACAAGAAGGCGUCUUAUCAAUCUCCAUUUGAUGAGGAUGAGGAGGUCGAUGACGACAGUGUAUCCAUAAAAAUUUCGCUUGACACGUCCACGGAGCCCCAGAUGUCUCCCCAGCUAACACCAACCCGCACUGACUUUCAGCCGGAGCCUACCUCCACUGCCGCACCGAGCCAGGACGAAGACGAUGAGUACGUGCCCCGACCGUACACAUUUACCUCGGACAACUACGAAACAACGGUCACGAUUCUCGGCCCAGAAAAUGAUUUCCGGCCGUUGCACCACAACCCGCCUCGUGUUGCCAUGCCGGCAGCAGAUCUGCCACGACAGGAUGAACGACAGAAGGCCAGCAAUGUGACGAUUGAGGCACCGGAAACUUCGCAUUUGGAGGAUGUGGUGCGGUUUGAGGAGCCCAGAAUUGUGCUGGACAAGCUGGAUCGGCUGGAAGACUUUUAUGUCGGACCGCGUUUGAGUGAUAAUGUGGCAUCGUUGCGUGAUUCAACAUGUACAUCGUCAGAUUCUGGAACUCCUUUUGACACGCAGCCACCACUGGCAGAGUACGAAAAGACACCAAACACAUUGCACAGUUUGACUGUCCCCUCGCUGCUGGCACCUGGGAAUCGUCUCAGUCAGAAUUCUGCCUGGACCGACUUUUCCUUUGGAAGCGACGACCAGAAUGCCGGCCUGCAAAGCACGCAUUCUCAGCAGUCUCUUGGAUACGAAAGCCAAAAAUCUGGUUUGGAAGAGUUUCGAUCUCACAGCCCGGACAAGUCACCGCUGGAUAGGUCCGGUGCUGCUACUCCGCCCAUGUUGGCCGAACGGCAGCGUAGCAGUUACCAACUCUCUGCCCAUGAAAAGGGAACGGACCGUGUCACUGAAGAAGAAGAAGAGUGCCAAACAGAAGAGCGCGACGAGGAUGUGCCGCAGCCGCAGGAAGAACAUGUGGCUGCGCGUCCACAGCGGCAGCCACCGCCUCCUCCGUCCUUUGAGUUUGUGGACGAUGAUCGAGAGACGUCUGUGUACGGGCAAGAAACUAGGCCAACAAGCUUCCUGCAUCCUCAGCAAGAGUCGCGGCCACAGUCCGAAGUUCUAUCACCCGAUUCUGGAUCGCAAGUCACUUUUGAAACACUCGACCGGUCCAAUAUUUCGGUUAAUGACAGCGAGACGCUCACCGAGUCUGUUGUUGAGAGGCCAUCACUAUCGGCUGAAGCGCAGGAGGAGCAAAAGAGGCUGCGCCAGCGUCAAUUGGUUAUACGGGAACUGAUUGAUACCGAGGAUGCGUUUGUCAGAGACAUGAGCGUGGUUGAGGAAAUCUACAAGGGGACUGCCGAAGCCUGUCCCAACCUGGACAGCAAGACGAUCAAGUUGAUCUUUAGGAACACGGAUGAAAUCAUUGCUUUUCAUGCCGCGUUCGUUGCCGAGUUCAAGGAGGGAGCAUCUACGGUGUACACUUCCAAGGCCCGACGGUCACCUAUUCUCACCCCUUCGGCUGCCCCAUCGAUCAAGGACUCCGAUUCAGCUACCUUGAACUCUGUUACUUCUUCUGCAAAACCUGAGCUGGACGAUGAGAAGGACCGCCUCACAUCUAUUGGGCCGGUGUUCUCAAAGAGCAUCGAACAGCUAAAGGCUGUGCACGAGGUGUAUUUGCGAUCCAGUGACCAGUCGUCCAAACGCCUCGUCCAGAUUCAGGAAGACGAGGGUGUCAUGCUCUGGCUCAAUGAGUGUAAUGAGGUCGCCAAGGAGCUGACUUCUGCCUGGAAUUUGGACUCGCUGUUGGUGAAGCCCAUGCAGCGCAUCACAAAAUACCCAGACAUUAUCACACAUCUGCUCAAAUAUACGCCGCCAGAUCAUCCGGACAGGGAACCAUUGGUUGCUGCGCGGUCGGCCGUCAUCGACGCCAUUGACGAGAUCAACAAGUCCAAGAAGAAUUAUGAGCUGGUUGGACAAAUCGUCAGCAAUAGGAAGCGCAAGGAUUCGGAUGUCCGCGGCAUUGCCAGGGCUUUUGGAAAACGGGUUGACAAACUCCAGGCGACCAGUCCGAAAACGGCAGAGGACGAGGAUUACAAGAAGCUGCAGCAGCAGUUUGGUGAUGAUUACCUCCGACUCCAGGUGGUUCUGAGAGAUGUUGAGUAUUACACGAGGAACGUGUCGACCUAUGUGCACGAAUUCCUUCAGUAUCUCUCGUCCAUGGAGCUGGUGAUGCGACUGCAGCCGUCUAGAGACUAUGCUCACAUCGAAAGUAAAUGGGUUCAGUUCAAUGUCUCAAUGAGAGACAUUGAGAAGAUUGCGUUGGAGCGACAUCUUUCUGAUGUCCGCAAACACGUCAUUGAACCCUUUGAGCAGGUCAUCAAGUGCUACGGCAACCCUGGUCUGGCUAUGAAAAAAAGAGCCAAACGCCGCCUGGACUAUGAGAAGUUUGCCCAGCUCAAGGCCAACGGGAAGAAGGUGGACAAGCAGUUGACAGAGCUCGUGGAGCAGUAUGAGGCUCUGAAUGAGACGCUGAAAAAGGAGCUGCCCAAGCUUUCAGCCAUGACUGCCAGGAUUGGCAAUAUCUGUCUUGGCAAGUUCAUCAGCAUCCAAACAGCCUGGUAUAAGAUGUGGCAGGACAAAGUCAAAGCACCUCUCCAAGAUGCGAGCCAUGUUCCUGAAGUGUCGGAGAUUGUGUCGGGCUUCCAGCGAGAGUUUGCGCUGCAAGAAGAGAGGGCCAUGUUGCUCGCCAUCUUGAAUCCUACGCUGAGACCUAGGUUUUCUCACUCGACAAUCGACGGUGGCGAUAGCUCUUCGCUGCUUUCGAGAACAAAGUCUCGGCCGAGCGACCUCCAGCCAACUCGUUCCAGGGGAUUGUCCAUCAACAGUGAACACGCCCCUACACUGCCAACUCCGGACUUUGUGAGACGCAACAGUGGCCAGUUCAGUCUCUCGCCAGCAAGCAGUGCGCUCCCCAGCCCGGCUCAUUACUACCGAGACUAUUACUCUGGUAUCAAUGGCAGCCAUGCCCGGGUGAGCUCCAACUCACCGAUCACUUCUGACCCCAACUCGAGGUCAGCUGUCGGCCUACCGAUGCGUCCAGGCACGGGACGUAGCUUUGACUCGAACAGUCUUCCAAGGCAGAGCACAGAGUCGACUGUUAUGACCUCGGCCAUGGCAGGAGGAGGGCCAAGCAGGCGGGGUUCAAACUCGACCUACAACAGCUCGGCUUACCCUGGACCGAGUAAUAGUACGGGGGACACACGGCGGUUGUCGGGUUUGUUCCACUCCGCGCUGCCACCGGACGACGCAGAGGAGUUUUACCCCCCACAGGUGAUGUCACGGGCAUCUAGCACGCAGCGGAGCAGAGACGACAGCGGGUAUAGAGUGCUCUGGCUGGCGGCUUCGCUGUUUGAGUUUCACAUUGAGACGUCGAAGAUGGAGGCAGGGUACCCUUAUUUGACGUACCAGGCUGGCGAAAUCUUUGAUGUCAUUGCCGAAAAAGGUGAACUCUGGCUUGCGAGGAAUCAAGACGACCCCCGGGGGACGGUGGGAUGGAUCUGGUCGAAGCAUUUUGCCAAGUUGGCGGAUUCUUGAUUUUUUUGUGUCUGUUUUGACUGAUAAACCAUUUCAUAUCUGUCUGAUUAUUAUACCUCUACGAGACCAGGUGGGCUUGAGGUUACAGAUCACACUCUCACGCACAUUGCAAGAUAAUCUUUUUUUUCUUUAUAUCAGCAACACUCACACACACGCACACUACAAAAAGGACAGGUAAAUGGCAUGGUGGGUUAGGAGGAGGGGAAGGGGGGAAGAGAAGCAAAUUUUUGAGCAUGGCGUUGAAUCUUUUUUUGUUUGUUUUCGAGGUGAUUUUUUGUUGUAUUUUCAGAAGGAAGGUAUGGUGGGGGUUUGGGGGAAGGGGUUGGUGGCGGCGGCCGCGGUGGUGGUGGUGGUGAGAGUGGAAACAACAAUGGACAAAAGUGAUAUCCCCGGGGAAAAAUACUCUUCGAAUCUUUCUUUUCUUUCUUUUUCCCUUGUCUUCUUUUGGGGGAGGUUUUGGGGUUGGUUGGGGAAUGGGGGCGAUAUUCUUUUGAUUUUUUUGUGUUGUGUGUGUGGGGAAUGGGAGGGAAGAGAUGUUGUGGUGAUUUUUGAGAGAAAGAGAGGGGGGGUUUAAGAGACAGUGUAAUAACAUUUAUUUAGGGGUACGGAGAAAGGAAGAGUAAGAAUAAGAGAUACAAAUGGAG